AUGAAUUUUGCGAAUUUAACACCUGAGGACUUCAGUUCUCUUCUUACGCAAUCUAGUUCUGUCAUUUCAGCACGCCAAUUGUACACCUGCACUCGAAAUGCAAAUAUUUCAAUAAACAACUUACAAGAUGCCAUUUCAACACUUAAAUCAGUUCAAAAGUACAUGAAGAUGCGAAUCCUCGAAGGAAUUAUUAGCAUUUUAGAACAAUUACUAAAGGAUCAAUCCAUUUCAACAAAUCAAAUCGAAAAACAUCAAGCAAAUUUAGAUCAAAUCCAAAAAGAAAAAGAAAACAAUGAGAAAGAAAUACAAACUCUUCACUCUCAACACAAAGAGAAAGAAGAAAACGAUUUACCAAAAGAAUUUCUUUCGAAAAUUUCCAAACUUAAAAAUUCCAGAGAUUUCAUCGAAAUCUACAAAUUCUUUGAAGAAAUUUCAGAAAAAGGAAAUCAAAAAAUGAUGCAAAAAGCAUGUGACGAAGAACUUUGGAAAAAACAAAAGGAUAAUUAUUUUGGUACAAAUGUACUUCAUGAAGCAUCUUCAAAAGGAAAUCUGAGACUUGUUAAAUCUCUCAUUGAAUGUGGCUGUGACAAAGAAGGUGGUACACCUCUAUACUGGGCAUCAAGACAAGGUAAACUUGAAGUUGUUAAAUAUCUUACCUCAGUUGGAGCUAAUAAAGAAGCAAAGGAUGAUGAUGGAUAUACUUCGCUCAUUCUGGCAUCAUAUUUUGAUAAACUUGAAGUUGUUAAAUGUCUUAUCUCGGCUGGAGCUAAUAAAGAAGCAAAGAAUAAUGAAGGAUUUACACCACUCAUUAAGGCAUCAGAAUAUGGUCAUCUUGAAGUUGUUAAAUAUCUUAUCUCAGUUGGAGCUAAUAAAAGUGCAAAGACUAAUGAGGGAAAAACAGCACUUGAUUAUUCGAAAGGAGAAGUAAGAAAAUAUUUAUUAUCAACUGCAAGAAAAUAA